GUGACAAUCUCAGCCGUCGGCUGUCGAGCUAAGAUAUGGUCAUUGGGUCGAAUUUGUCAGGCAGCCAAACACUUCCCUUUCUCACAAUUUUCUCCAGAAAAUUUUCAGCCAGAUUGAGAGUUUUAACUAGAAUAAUUUUUGUUAUAUUUUAAUUAAUUGCAUUCUACAGUUUUAGCCAUUCCAGAAAGAAGAAAAGAUAAUUAAAUUUUUGCUGGAAAGAAAAAUUAAACAAAUAAACAGUGUUUGGUUGGUGAGAUUCAUUCCUUUUUCUAAUCCUUUUGAUUCUUUAUUUUUCCGCUCUUGAAUUCCCUUUUACUCUAUCUGUGAGCGGAUUCUAAAGAUUGAAGCUUUUAGCACUAAUCUUGAUUCCAAGAUCGUUGAUAAGCUUUUGGUAAAUUCUACAAUGUGGAUGUUUUCUUGGAGAUUUUGAUCCCUAAACCCAUGUGGAGAUCUAUUUGGAUGAAGUGGCGAUGAUGAGGAGUGAAGGUGACAAAUGGAGGUUAGAUCUGAGGGUUUACCAGUGAGGUGCGAGAAGGUUGGGUCGGGGACGACUCCAGUGAUCGCUAGAACUCGCUUACAAGUUUGGUUUAUAAGGGUUUGCUCCAGUAUUCUGCUGUGGACUGGUUUGGUUCAGCUUGUGGCCGUUGGGGAGCUAUGGCAACCGCGAUUUUUCACUAAUAUUACCAAUAAAAUUACCCAGAACACGCCGUUCCCUCUUCAAGUCCAAGUCCAUGCUCAACCUCCUCCUCCGCCCCUUCUUCGUGCGAGAAAUUAUACAAGUAACGGUUAUCUUAAGGUGUCCUGCAAUGGGGGCUUGAAUCAAAUGCGUGCUGCGAUCUGUGACAUGGUGACUGUUGCUCGGCUUUUGAAUCUCACUUUGGUUGUUCCUGAACUUGACAAGACAUCUUUCUGGGCUGACCCUAGUAACUUUGAAGACAUCUUUAAUGUGAAACAUUUCAUUGACUCAUUAAGAGAUGAAGUUCGAAUUGUCAGAAGGGUGCCAAAAAGAUUUAAUAGGAAAUAUGGAUACAAAAUGUUCAAGAUGCCCCCAGUUAGUUGGUCUGAUGAAAAAUAUUACCUACAACAGAUUCUACCACUUUUUGGCAAUUUAAAGGUGUUGCACUUCAACAAAACUGAUGCGCGCUUGGCAAACAACAUCUCACUCAAUCUUCAGGAACUCAGAUGCCGUGUUAAUUUUCAGGCACUGAAAUUCACUCCACAGAUUGAAAGUUUGGGGUACAAAUUGGUUCGCAUCCUUCAGGAGAGGGGACCUUUUGUGGCCUUGCAUCUUAGAUAUGAGAUGGACAUGUUGGCUUUCUCAGGUUGUACUCAUGGCUGCACCAAGGAUGAAUCUGAGGAGCUCAAGGCAUUAAGGUAUGCAUACCCCUGGUGGAGGGAGAAAGAGAUAGUUUCUGAAGAGAGGAGACUACAAGGUUUGUGUCCUUUGACACCUGAAGAGACAGCAUUAGUUUUGCAAGCAUUGGGUUUUGACAAGGAAACACAGAUAUAUAUUGCAGCUGGUGAGAUAUAUGGCAGUGAACGGAGACUUGCAGCACUAAGGGCUGCAUUUCCACGGAUUGUGAGAAAGGAAAUGCUGUUAGAUCCAGUGGAGCUGCAACAAUUCCAGAAUCAUUCUUCUCAGAUGGCUGCUCUGGAUUUCAUGGUCUCAAUAGCCAGUAAUACUUUCAUACCCACUUAUUAUGGAAACAUGGCAAAAGUUGUGGAAGGUCACCGCCGGUAUCUUGGGUUUAAAAGGACAAUCCUGCUGGAUCGAAAAAGACUUGUAGAAUUAUUGGAUUUGCAUCAAAAUGGGACACUUUCAUGGAAUGAGUUUGCAGUUGCUGUUCAAGCAGCACAUGAGAAAAGGAUAGGACAGCCAAUGCGCCGCCGGGUUAUAGCAGAUAAACCGAAGGAGGAAGACUAUUUUUAUGCAAACCCUCAAGAGUGCCUUUGCGAGAGAACAAAUUGUGAUGACUUGCUAGGCCCUAAUAACUCGAGUUCAUACCGUGAGAAUGAACACGCAAUUCCAAGCAAAAACUGAGACAGUGUCCCACUUAUUGUUCAAAAGCUGUGGUGCACAGACCGUGUGACUUCCAUGACCGAAAGCUUCAGAUGAUGAAUUUAUACACACGCCUUAAAGCAUUGUAAGCAACAGCAGAUAGCAAUCCUGGAGUGUCCAUUCAGGCAGUCAAAGGUUAUGUUCAUUUUUUUUUUUGUUGAUAUAUUUAUUUUGAUUUAUUCAACGAGUAAAAGCUUGUUCAAUGAUUAUAUAUAGUCCCCCAUUUAGAAAACACACAUGUAGCAUUCAUAUUCUUUAAUUCAUAAAUAUUUUAUAUACUGCAGAACUAUUUCUGAACAAUUAUGAUCAGUCGAGUCCUUAGAGAGGACAUUUCAGUUUUUGGA